AUGGGAUCGAACGGUGGAACACAAAAACCUGUGUUCGAUGGAUUGUCAAGGCAAGGAUCUCUGCAUAACCUAACUUUAGAUGAGGUUCAGCAGCAAUUAGGCGAUUUAGGGAAACCUUUCAGCAGUAUGAACCUUGAUGAGUUUCUGAAGAAUGAUUUAACCAAGAAGACAGUCGAUGAGGUCUGGCAAGAUAUCCAACAAGAUCAGAAGAAAAAGAAGACGAAUGGUAGUGAGAGUAACAUUAAUAAUACUAGUAGUUGUAAGAGACAAGCUACUCUUGGUGAGAUGACACUCGAGGACUUUUUAGUCAAGGCAGGGAUAGUGUCUGAAUCUUCUUCUCCUGGUAAGAAAAACCAUGAGCAGAAUCUUGAUCCACCAGAAGCACAGUGGAUGAACUACCAAAUCCCUCAGAUUCCACAGCAACAGAUGGGGAGUGUAUCUGAGUUUGGAAGGAAACGAGUUACUUCUGGAGAUGUGAUAGAGAAGACUGUGGAAAGGAGGAAAAAGAGAAUGAUUAAGAAUAGGGAAUCUGCUGCACGCUCUCGAGCAAGAAAACAGACUUACACACAUGAGCUGGAGAACAAAAUCUCACGUUUGGAAGAGGAAAAUGAAAGACUCAGGAGGCAGAAGUUAAUGACCUCAACAACACUUAGUGGGACGGGUAUUGACCAAAUGGUAUUUGGACAAGCAAAUAUCACAAGGGACAACACCAAGUUUGUAAAUGGAGCAAUUGUUGGGGAGAGGAAUGUAUUUCAGGGCUACUCUGAGGAAAAUCUUGAUGGAGGAAACAAGAGUUCAGAGUAUAUUCAUGACAUUGUUAUCAAACAUGCUGAUCGCCAUAACCUUUUGCGCCCUGAAACCAUUGAAUAA